GCGAGGGUGGGGGCGGGGGCGGGCGCAGGAGGAGAGAGGAGGGCGGCGGAGGCGGCGGGAGCGCCGGGUGCCGGGCCGGGGGAGCCGCGGGCUCUCGGGAAGACGCGGAGGAUGAACAAGCUGUACAUCGGCAACCUGAGCCCGGCCGUCACCGCCGACGACCUCCGGAGGCUCUUCGGGGACAGGAAGCUGCCCCUGGCGGGACAGGUCCUCCUCAAGUCCGGCUACGCCUUCGUGGACUACCCCGACCAGAACUGGGCCAUCCGCGCCAUCGAGACCCUCUCGGGUAAAGUGGAAUUGCAUGGGAAAAUCAUGGAAGUUGAUUACUCAGUCUCUAAAAAGCUAAGGAGCAGAAAAAUCCAGAUUCGAAACAUCCCGCCUCACCUGCAGUGGGAGGUGUUGGAUGGACUGUUGGCCGAGUACGGGACAGUGGAGAAUGUAGAACAAGUCAAUACAGAUACGGAAACUGCUGUUGUCAACGUCACCUACACAACAAGAGAAGAAGCAAAGGUAGCUAUCGAGAAGCUGAGUGGGCAUCAGUUUGAGAACUACUCCUUCAAGAUCUCCUACAUCCCUGAUGAAGAGGUGAGCUCCCCUUCACCCCCUCAUCGAGCCCGGGAACAAGGCCACGCCCCCGGGAGCUCUUCUCAGGCCAGACAGAUUGAUUUCCCGCUGCGGAUCCUCGUCCCCACCCAGUUUGUUGGUGCCAUCAUCGGAAAGGAGGGCUUGACCAUAAAGAACAUCACUAAGCAGACCCAGUCCCGGGUAGACAUCCACAGGAAGGAGAACUCUGGGGCUGCGGAGAAGCCUGUCACAAUCCAUGCCACCCCAGAAGGGACUUCUGAAGCAUGCCGCAUGAUUCUGGAAAUUAUGCAGAAGGAGGCUGAUGAGACCAAACUGGCUGAGGAGGUUCCUCUGAAAAUCUUGGCCCACAACGGCUUCGUUGGAAGACUGAUUGGCAAAGAAGGCAGAAAUCUGAAGAAAAUUGAACAUGAGACAGGGACCAAGAUAACCAUCUCAUCCUUGCAGGAUUUGAGCAUAUACAACCCCGAGAGAACCAUCACGGUGAAGGGCACCGUGGAAGCUUGUGCCAGUGCUGAGGUGGAGAUUAUGAAGAAGCUCCGCGAGGCCUUUGAAAACGACAUGCUGGCUGUUAAUCAACAAGCCAAUCUAAUCCCAGGGUUGAACCUCAGUGCACUUGGCAUCUUUUCAACAGGACUGUCCGUGUUUCCUCCACCAGCAGGGCCCCGAGGAGCUCCCCCUGGCGCCCCCUACCCCCCCUUCACUACCCACUCCGGAUACUUCUCCAAUCUGUACCCGCAUCAUCAUUUCGGCCCCUUCCCGCACCAUCACUCUUAUCCAGAGCAGGAGACUGUGAAUCUCUUCAUCCCAACCCAGGCUGUGGGUGCUAUCAUCGGGAAAAAGGGGGCGCACAUCAAGCAGCUGGCUCGUUUUGCUGGUGCCUCUAUCAAGAUAGCUCCAGCAGAAGGUCCGGAUGUCAGUGAAAGGAUGGUCACCAUCACCGGGCCACCUGAAGCCCAGUUCAAGGCUCAGGGACGGAUCUUUGGGAAACUGAAAGAAGAAAACUUCUUCAGCCCUAAGGAAGAGGUGAAGCUGGAGGCCCACAUCCGGGUUCCCUCGUCGACAGCUGGCCGGGUGAUCGGCAAAGGCGGGAAAACCGUAAACGAGCUGCAGAACUUGACCAGUGCGGAAGUUAUCGUGCCUCGUGACCAGACGCCGGAUGAAAAUGAGGAAGUGAUCGUCAGGAUUAUUGGGCAUUUCUUUGCGAGCCAGACCGCACAACGCAAGAUCAGGGAAAUUGUACAGCAGGUGAAGCAGCAGGAGCAGAAAUACCCUCAGGGAGGCGCCCCGCAGCGCAGCAAGUGAGGUUCCCAAAGGCGCCCUCGAACACCAGAUGAAUGUAGCCCUCCCGACAACGGGCCAAGGAGACCAAACAGCCAGCAGAUUGGGAGCAAACCAAAGACCAUCCUGAGGAGCGAGAAGUCUGCAGAGCAGCCAGGGUCUGCAGACCCCCACACAUCCUGGGACCCAGGAGGGCACGGGGAAGGCCGGGUUCCCCAGAAACCCCCCUCGGCCUGGUGCCCCGGCUUCCCCUGGCUUCUGCAGGCGUUACAGCCAUCCACUGCCCAUCCACUCAGACCUCUCCUCAGCUCCCGAGACGCUAUCCCUUUCAGUUGAACUAACAUAGGCGAACGUGCUCGAAGCAAAGCAAACUUCACAGCCUUUUCUUUGUUGUGGAAAGUUGUUCUGUACAUGUCUGUACAUACUAGAAGGGGAAAAGAUGCUCAGAAGUGUGGCCUGUGGGUUACACAGGGCGCCUGCAGCGUUAAUAUAUUUUAGAAAUAAUAUAUCAAAUAACUCAACUAACUACAAUUUUUACUCGAUUAUUAAUUUUGUUUUCUUUUUGAAGAGAAAGCAGGCUUUUCUAGACUUCAAAGAAUAAAGUCUUGGGUGAGGUCCACUGGUAUAGGAAAGGAACUUUGAGCCACCCACACAGAAUUCACUUGGAGAGAAAUCCAGUCAAGGACACUUAAUGGCAGUUGUGGGUCUCCUGUGUCUGUCAACAGAAGGGAUACCGUCCCUGAGGAGGGGCCCAGGCCCUCGUCACCUCCCUAUCCCAUUCAUUUCUCUGCUUCACAGGUUUGAAACUGGGUUUUUUUUUUUUUUUUUUUUUUUUUUUGCAUACUGCUAUAUAUUUCUGUCUCUCUCUGUUUAUCUUCUCUGCCUCCCUCCCUCCUCCUUACCCAUCAUCCUUUUGAAAUCCUUCAUCCCUUUCUGUUUCCCCAUAUCUAUGCACUCCCCCCACCAGGCAAAGCAGUGCUCUGAGUAUCAUAUCACACAAGGAUCAAAUGCGAAACACACAAACCAGCCUCAGCUUACACUUGGCUACUCAAGCGAACAAGAGUAGAUGGUACUUGUCCUAGCAUUUGGAAGAGGAAAGCAGGAACUCACCAAAUGAGCCAGCCAACCAAACAAGGAAAAAUUCCAUAAAGAAAGAAUGUACUUUGUCUUUUUACAUUUUGGUACAUAAGCCAUCAACAUUUAGUGAAACUAUUUCUUUCUUUAAAAAUUUAAAGUGCAAGCAAAUAGCAAUUUAUACAAGGUUGUUGGCCCAGGGCGUUAAAUUUAGAUUUUUUUUUUUUUUAAAUGAGAAAAACACACAAAUAAAGCUACCUCAGGUGUUUUUUACCUCAGCACCUUGCUCUUGUGUUUCCCUUAGAGAUUUUGUAAAACUGAUAGUUGGAGCAUUUUUUAUUUUUUUAAUAAAAACGAGUUGAAAAAAAAAAAGAUCAACUGCCAGCCUGGAGCAGGCGGCCCAAGUGUGUGCAGCACCUGUUCUCGCUCGUCUUCCGCUAGCCGAGAGCCUACGUGGCCUUCUUGUGGACAAACCUAAAAAUGUUUUAUUUUUGAAAAAUGGCAAAAACAGAGAGAGAAUAUUGGAGCCGUCCUGAAUUUCAAUAAGGUACGCGCCGUGAGGGCUUUUGCGCUGAAGGAUGACCACGUCCUGGUUAUGUGAAGAAGCCAUGACAGCACCAGACUGCAAUGCCGGUUUCCUGUACUGCAAACAGUGUUCUGUGACGAAAAAAAAAAAAAAGGAAAAAAAAUAUAUCCAAGC